UGCUGCUGUAUAUAUUUUUCAAGUGAUUAUUCUAAGAAAAUGAGCUAUACUUGUGUUUCGGUUCCGACAGUUGGAAGUGUCGCCCAAAUAUCCAGGUCAAGAGCGUCUUCCCACGUUCGAUACGAACGAGGCAAGGCGGUACGAUUGUUCAGCGCUAUGGUUUUGCCUCACCUGCUGCUGGGAGGUAUGGUGGUCUGCGCCGGUAUCGUCACGGUGUACGUGGAAUCUCUCAGUCCCGCCUUUCCAUUCGUCACAGGAACAGACAUAAUUAGUGGACUGACGACUAUAUUCACUGGUGGCCUGGCGUAUAAGAUCUCAAAGGAAAAUAUAUAUAACAAGCUGCUGAGGUCGCAAGCUAAGUACAACGUCUUUCUGUACGGAUUCCUUUGCAUUCUCUGUGUGUGUCUGAGUUUCGUCAGCAUUGGAGCGGCUGGCUACAGGACCUACCUCUGCACUCUGGGUGCAAGCGCCAAGGAGAUCAACCAAAAGAUUCCAUACCGUGCGUGCCAGGCACGCAGGAAAGCCAGCCUAGCGCUCGCCAUCACGGACAUAGUCCUGGAGAGCUUCCUGUGUGCCAUCAGCGUCCUGGGAUUCUGGAUAUUUGCCAACUAUAGGUUUGUCUUCGGGUGCAUCACUUCAUGCGACGUGUCUGGCAAAAGGACACCAAGCGCAAGCGACGGGAGACGUGGAGACAAACGAAUGAAUCGAAUCACGACUCGACAAACGAUUUCAAGCGUCGAUUCCUCAAGACUUACAUCGCUCACUGACGCACAGCUGAAGAACGCUCUGCUGCCAGUGAAUAACCGCAUGCCACGUGGGAACACUUUCAUUCAAAGGCCUGAUGACAUAGACUCCAGAUUUAGUCUUGAAAGGCCAGUUCAUCGAAUGCUGGGUAAUACAGAUGUCUUUAGAAAUCGCCCAGAGCGAAGAGUAAACCAAAAACGCGGUAACUUGGGUUUGUCAAGAUACGGUUCAGAUAACAUGAUGUUAAGACAUUUGCAAAGUGGCGUCAACUAUGGGCGAACUCAGGAACGUGGAAACAGGUCUUUGUAUGGAGAUGUUCAGAGUACGCACACCACAGACUAUAACCAAAACGUUGGUGUGUACAGGAACAGAAAUACACAUCUGUUUGAUGUCAAUAAUAGUUAUACGCCAUAUCCUUCGGGUCAAAGAUACAAGCCGUCUGCUCUGGAUGGCCAGAAAAACUUGUACAGAGGAACAUAUUCUGUAGACAGCAGGUUACCACAGGCGAAUAUGGACAGCGACACUUGGUAAGAGCAGAGCUUUAGUACCCUGUUCUCAAGAAAUGACUUCAAUCGUGAAUUCGAAUUGCGUUCGCGAACGGCUGGGAUCCUGUUCUCGUGACACCAUUAUGCUAGAUAGUGUAGGAUUUGAGAACGGGAACAUGUUCAAGCCUCUUUGAAGCGUAUAGGUACAGGUUUUCUACACCAAAACAGUUUUGAACACAUGGAUAGUGUUUUCGUCUAAAAGAAACCUUUUAUGACGAAAUCAAAAAUCUAUUUACGGGGUAUUGCUACUUAUGAAAUACACACGAUGUGCGACAGAGGCUGCAUCCAUGGUGAAAAUAAAGCGUCGUAUUGGAAAUCAUCUGUUAGAAAUAGGAAACCCACCACGCUGUAGACUGUUCCACGUAUGUCCCAGUUUAAAUUUGUGUAACUAAUUCUUCGGAGUGGAAAUCCUCUUGCAUGCAGAUCAGGAGUUAUGAAUCAUUCUGAGAACUGGAAGUCCCACUACCGCAGCAGUUAUGACAUUGUAAAAAGAUCCAUUGGACUGCUUUGUGCAGAUAUGAAUUUUUGACUGCGGUAACGAUGAUGUUAUUCUAUUUUUUGUUAGAUAGGCUGUUCACACUAUAUCAUACAUUUGUUGUAAAUACCAACAUCA